CGGACGAUUUCAUUCAAAAUAGACGAAAUCUUUGUCGAUCAUCUACAGUUAUUUCUGCGAGAGGACCCCACGUCUAUCGGCAGGAUUGGUGGACCAGUCACAGCGACCGACUCUUCACCAGCGACCGCCACCAGAACGGGCCUUCCAGUUCACCAAGACCAGCCGUUGAGCGCGUCCGUUGUUCUGUCCGUUUUCGGCGAGGUCCGAGAGAGCCAAGUCCGUGUCGUGAUUAUUUUUUUUUUACUCUGUCAUAAGUACUCGGUAUGUGUCCACCCGGCGGUGAGUCAAGGUAGUAGAUCCGACCCUGUGUUUUUUUUUUGAUUUUGUAUUUCUGUGCAGUUUGGCGGUUUUUUUUUCUGUGGCGUGUUUGACAUGUGUUACGUUCUGUUAGUCGGAUCGGUCAGAGGCUGAUGACAUUCGGCGGAGACGGAUCGCCGAAAGAUCUGUUUCAAUCUAUGCGGCAUGGAUCUUCUGUUUGUUAGAAAAAAGAGCCUUAUUUUUAAUCACACAAAUUAGGAGUAAUUGGGCCAUAGGAAGAUGCUGAGCCCACAACGCCAUCAUAGGCGAAAUUUAACGAUAUACUUAUAUCACUGUAUCCUAUCUUUAUUAUUGAUAAAAAAUGUUUCCUCCGAUUCGGGAGACGUCUGGCCCUUGGAUAGGCCGUCAGGAAUGCCUUCAAUUCAAUCUUUGGACGUCAUGUGUGGGAAGGACCAUAUGGACGUCCAUUUAACGUUUUCACAACCUUUCGAGGGAAUUGUGUCGUCGAAGGGUCAACACGGUGAUCCAAGAUGCGUUUAUGUUCCACCAUCCACGGGACAAACCUUCUUCUCCUUCAGGAUAGCAUACGCCAGGUGUGGCACCAAACCUGAUCUUCACGGUCAAUUCUAUGAAAAUACGGUGGUGGUCCAGUACGACAAGGAUCUUCUGGAGGUAUGGGAUGAGGCGAAGAGACUGAGAUGCGAGUGGUUCAACGACUAUGAGAAGACUGCCACCAAACCUCCCAUGGUGAUCGCUGAUCUUGAUGUUAUUCAGUUGGAUUUCAGGGGGGACAACGUUGAUUGCUGGAUGGAAAUACAGCAUGGAAAAGGACCGUGGGCUCCACCAGUAACUGGAAUUGUGCCUCUUGGAUCUACGCUCACAUUGGUUGUAGCAAUAAACGAUUAUAGAGGAGAGUUUGAUAUGCGAGUGAAGUCCUGCGUCGCAUCGGAUGGUGGAGGACACAUUAUUCAGCUGUCAGACGAGUACGGCUGCGUUUUGCGGCCCAAAAUGAUCAGCAGAUUCCUCAAGGCAAGAGGGGCAGACGAGAGAGCUUCUGUCAUUACAUAUGCGUUCUUCCAUGCUUUCAAAUUCCCUGAUGCCCUGAGUGUGCAUAUCAAGUGCAAGGUUGAGAUUUGCAGACACGGGUGUUUGGACCACUGCCAACAGGAGGCAGAAGGUGGAAAUCUGCACGAAUACGGUCACAGCAUCGAUCGUACCGACACAGUGGAUUCAGAUGAACGAUCUCCAGAUCCUGCCAACGAUAUAGACAACGAUGACGUACAUAUUGACACUAACGAUAUGGCCUACGACGAUAUCCUUCACCAUAAUGGACCUGCAACAUUUGAAGAAAAUAAUUUCCCAGCUGUAAAUAUGCCUCUAAAGUCUGAUAUGGAAGAUAGGAUCACGAACGAAAAGGACGAUCGUCAGCAACAACAGUACGACCAGCCAGUAUCGGAGACUCAAGACGACCACUCCGAAGAACUAGAAAUAACGGCAGUACCUCAUAAGGAUCUGAUCGAGUCUAUGCACGAUAAAUUCCCCCAUGGACCAAGAUCUCUCGACUACGACAACCUCCCAUCUUCGCCAAGAAGUGAAAGGCCAUCACCAAUGCCAGAUUCAUCUGAGAACAACGUAACAGUCGAUUCUUCUGAAGACAAAAGUCAUCGCACCAGAAGAAUAAAAAGAAGGAGAAGAUCUGUGGUGAUUUCAGACAGAAAAGUUAGGAGUGCAGACGUUGGCGUUAGUGGCCUUUACGACGUCAUCUCCGAAGCUGAUCUGGCCUUCAGUCCUGAUGGCAGAGCGGAAGCUGUUACAGUUUUCCAAGGGCGCAUCAGAGAAGAAGUGGUUUACGGCAUCUGCAUGCCAGUGCCAGGCUUCAGUCUGCUGUUUAUACUGGUUGCCGUUUCAGCUGUGGUGUCAGCACUUGUCGCUGGAUCUCUGCUGUAUAGAUACCAGUUGCAAAAGGAGCACAUGGCGGAAGAAGCCCAUAGGUCCAUCUCCCUCAGCAUAUUCUCUAACUGGAUAGGACAUCGUUUCUUAGGCGCCAGAAACACUGGGAUGGCCAGUCCAAUCGAAUUGAGAGAAACUAACGGUUCAGUAGACAAUUCGUUAGUGAUGACAAGCAUGAAUGGUAAAAGUGAAGAUCUUCAUCGUCGCGAAUGAAAACAGCACUAGAUCGUUUAGUGGAUACCGUGAAACAUUUAUGGAACAGUUCGUGAAGACUGUCAAUAGAUUAGUGCUUACAUUAAGAACGAUCAUAUCGAUACAAUAUAUUUCUUUCGAAAUAUCUUGAAGGAGAACACUCAGUUUUAAUUGUGAAUCAGAUAACUUUUCUGUUUAGACGAAUUAUUCAAUUUCGAUUAUAUUAUAAGUAUUUCGGAUUGUUGUUGUUUUAUCUUUGUAGAAAUCAGUUUGUACUCCCGAUCUUUUUAAAUAUUUGGUUUUAUAAUAUUAAGUUAUCGUUUGUAAUGAUAAUUUCGAUUAUGAGUUGAUCUGAAUUUAAAUUUAUUUUUCUCAGAUUGGAAACUAUAUUUGAUCAUGCAAUUAUAUUUUGCUUAGGGUUUGUCUCCUCAAAUAACUUGCGGAAUUUUUUUCUGAUGGUGCAUAUUUAUUAUUCAAAUCUUGCUGGGACAUAAGUUAUCUCAAUAUAUUCAAAGAUUUUUCGUUAGAUUUUUGGUCUACAGUUUUUUUUUCAGUUUGCUAAUAAAUUCUUCGUGUAUUUACUUGAUUUCCUGGAAUUAUAUAAAAUAUCUAUCUAUUAUAUUGAUGUAUCAAGCUCUUUGCUCAACGAUAUUUACUUCUAAGUUAGUCAGAAUUCCCAGUUUGUUUAAGGGCAUAAAUGCAAUAUAUGUGUAAAAAUAUAUAGAAUUAAUCGAAACAGGCAAUAGCAACAUGUACAUAGCAACUUUGGACGUUUGGUCUUGAUUAUUGGUUUAGGGAAUCGUUAUUUAUAUGAAGUUGUAAAUGAGUUAUGUUUUUCCGUUAAAUUUUCCUCUUCGUUAUAUUAGUUUUUAUUUUACACUAUUCAUUUUGAUGCCAAAUUAAUUGCUCAUUUAUGCUAGUUUGAGGAAAUGCAUAAUUCAUGAUAGUUUUUAGUGAAAUUCUGACCAAACGGUUUAACGAAUAUAUUAUUAAGUAUUUAUUGCACCGUAGUAUUGAGUUUAUUGUUGUGGUCCACAAUAAUUUUAUUUCUGAGAAAAUAUUUAUUUGCAUAAUUUUUAAUUAUUCCAAUAUUAUUCCAGAUUGGAAGUUUAUAAAUGCCUAUUGCAUUAGGGAUUAAUAUUUCCUUCUGUUCAUUAAUUGUUGGUUUCAAUAUUCUAUAAACAAUUAAAAAUUCUCCACUUACAUGUCAUUCUUUUAUGCCUUCAAUUCAGUUGAUAAUGUAUUUCGCUAUAUGAAUUCAAACUUUGAUUUGGAUUGUCGCAAAAUCACUCAAAGAUAUUCUUGGUUUUAUUUAACUUAAUAAAUGAUUUUUUUAUUAAAUUUCGUAACAAUCAAAUAUAUCUAUAAUUUAUGAUUUAAAACCUGUUAUUUUCAUUUUAAUAUAACUGAAAUAAAAAUGUUUUAUUCCACAAUAUUCAAUUCAUGUUUACUAUUCACAAUAUUUAUUAAUUUAUAUUAUAAUAUGAAUUAUUUGCUCAUUUUUCUUAACACAUUGUUUCAGAGGCUAUAAUGUAAAUAUGAGGGAAAAUAAAAUUUUACAAAAUCA